GGUCACGUGGUCUUUCUCGUCGUCAAUUCUAUCCUCCAUUUUGGCGCUGAAAACAGCCGCCAAAACCUCGGAAAGUUUUUCAAAAUUCUUCGCUGAGCGUCCCGAUUUGGGGCUAAAGUGCUAACAGCUUGCGGAACUAAGAGUUCCCUGCUGUUGAGGCAUAUUUUUUUACCUUUUUCUCUCAUACCAUUUCCAAAAACUGCGUUUGCAAACAGAACAUCAAAAAUAUUUUUUCUUCAAUAUGGCUUCUUUCUUGUGAAUCUGAAAGUCAUGUUUUGCAUGCUAGAAAAUCAUCAAACCUUUUCUCCAGUUGGAGUAAGUGCCAGAGGGCCAAUUGUAGUAGCAAUUUUUCGGCGGGUUCGUUAUCCAUCUGAACCAGGAGUGAAUGAGCGAGAGCUCCGGAAAAGAAGACGCGAUGGAGAAGCAACAACAACAGCAGCAGAGCUAUGGCGGGAGAGAAGGUGGCCAUAGGAAUGUGUCUGCUAGGGAAACAGUCCCUAAGAAUAAGGGACAGUGGAAUGACAGACCGCUAAGAGGACGCUAUGCCUCCCCCCAUAACCAAGGAAGACGUCCCGUAGGAGGUAACAAAGAUGGGCGGAACCAAUAUGGCCAGCCAUUGCGCCAGGGUGCUACAUCAGACAAAAGACCACCAACACGGAGUGAAAAACAGUCAAGGGUUAGGAAUGAUGUUGCUAAGAAAAAUGACUUCUUCGAUGCCUUAGAUGGUCCUACUCUUGAUAGAGCUACAGGAAAUGGUAGAAAAAAUGGUAACUCACUGAACCACUUGCUGAAUUUCAAGUAUGAGCCACGUGAGAGGGUGCAAGAACAACGCCCAAGAACAGGCUCCAAGCGCCGUGUCAGUUUUAACAAAGAGCUCUUUUUGCAGGCAAACUGCCAGUUUGUUGUAUCUGAUGCUGCUGAUUACACAGUGUACACAAUGGAACCUGACCUGUUGGUUGACUGGAACCUUAUUGAGCAAGUGUGCAUCUUCAGUCAUGCUGUACCAUCAUGUCCGAUCUGCCUCUUCCCUCCCACUGCAGCUAAAAUAACACGCUGUGGUCAUGUCUACUGCUGGCCGUGUAUACUGCAUUAUCUUUCUCUGAGUGACAAGGCGUGGCACAAGUGUCCCAUCUGCUAUGAUGCAGUGAUCAAGAAAGAUCUCAAGAGUGUUGUAGCCAUGGAGAGUCACCAGUUUGCUGUGGGCCAGAAGAUUACCAUGAGGCUGAUGAAGCGGGCAAAGAAUUCAAUACUUGUCCUCCCCAAGAACCAGUGGAAAGAACAAGAGCUAUCUCAUUUGAAGAUCACAGACACUGUUGACACCCGAUUUUCCAAGCUUUUGCUGGCAUCACCUGAGGAUAUCAUCAAGCAGGUUAUAUCAGUAGAGGAAACAGCUCUCUGUUCACAGCUUGCUGAGGCCAUUGUCGACAAAUCAGGAGAAGAGUGCUUUAUUGAAGCUGCCCUCGAUGAGUUGAAGGCUCGAAAGGAAGAACUGGUGGCCAAAACCUCAUUGGAAGAGAACAUCUCAGCUCGGCUUAAAGCAUCAACACUAAAUCCAGAAAAUGAUAGUGGAGUUGAGGAACAGCCUGAAAGUCAAUGGAAUUACACUCUCCCUGAAAACAGCCUGAUACAGGGUGUUGGUGAGUAUGAGGCUGCAUUCUCAGAUGAUGAGACCAGCUCUGUCAGCCAGUCAGAUAGUGUUCUUGGCGACCCUCAGGGUGCAGCCAUAGAGAUGUCCCAGCAGAUGCCAGAUGGCUUGGACAGCAUCCAAGACACCCCUCCGGCCAAGGAGACAUUAUCUUAUCUUACUGACUCCCCCAUUGAAGACAUGAAUGUGUUUGAUAAUGUCAGUUCAGCUAUUUCCCCACAAGACUCCUUUUACUAUUUUUACCAAGCUGAUGAUGGUCAAAACAUCUUUCUCCAUCCUAUUAAUGCAAGAUGCCUUAUUAAGGAAUAUGGAAGUCUGGAAAACUCACCAGAAUAUUUAGAGGCAAAAAUCAAAGAACUUGAACCUAUGUCUCAAACUGAGGACUCCAGGAAGCGCUUUCGCUACUUGAGCUAUCUCCCUCUCACCUGUGAGUUCGUCAUGUGUGAGGUGGACCUAGGACCUCCUGUGUUGUCUAAGAACACAUUACAAGUGUUCAGAGAGGAAUUGCAAAAGAGGAACCAGCGGCGCCAGAAGAAAAUAAAAAUGGAGAAUAAAAGAGAAAAGAAAGUUGCAAUGAAAGUGGCAAGCAUGGAGGGGAGACCAAGUCCCUUCCCAGAACAAUCCAUCAACUUGUCGUGUGAUUAUGAGUUCCCUGCGCAUGGAAGGCAGGUGCCUCUAUCUCCGAUGGCUGCUGGACCCGGACCAUUUACACAGUUUGCUGCUAUGGCAGCUGCCACCUCAAGUGAUGAAGGAUCAGUUGGAACAGAGUUGGGCAGCCCACCGCAAGACUCAAUAUGGGGUUCACCACAAUCCUUUGCUCAGGCUCUCAGAACAGGCAAAGUACAAGAGAACCAAAAACCUGUGAAACAACGCUCUGAACCAGCCUCCAACGUGAGACAGAAGGCUGCAGCCAGUGAUGACAGUGAUGAAGAGUACAUCCCUCCCCCCACCUACCAGUCCACCUUCUCUGAUGGCAUCUCAUUCAGCCUGGAGCAGCAUCUUACAAAAGCAGAAGGAAAUGUCAAGGCAGCCGAACACACAAGUGGGAAGAAACAAAAGAAACCCAAGAAGAAGCUGCUUUUCACCACAGGCCACAUGAAGUACAACUAGAAAUCUAGAAAUAGAACUCGUUGUUUGUCAAAUGGAGGGUCUCCAGGCACCUCCAACCCCAACAGGGGAAGUGAUUAUUUUUUUUUGGUUAAAUAGAAAUAAAUUUCUUCCUGGA